AAUAAAUGUAAUAAAUUUGUAAUAUAUGUUUUGGAAGGAGGAAAUAGUAACAGCUAAUUGAAAAAAUACAGCUUAUAGCAUGUAUUAUUUUCUAACAGCUGAAAGUCAUUUAUACGUUGGAAUUGUGAAUUAUUAGAGGUGAUACAGAAAACAAAAAACUAAAUCCAGAUCAAAAUACUACUUAAAUGAUUCAGUAAACGUUGAAACUGUUGUAUUCAUUUGUUUUUGAUGUAAGCGUCACGUGACAUUACUUCCGGGAUGGCGUCUUUAGAUAUUAUUCUUAAGAAAGUGAACAAAACAUACAGAGAAGGCGAAGUAGUUUCCGGAGUGGUGGUUGUUCACAGCAAAGAUACACUACACCACCAGGGUAUAACUCUCUUAUGCGAUGGAUCAGUCAGUCUUCAGCUCAGUGCUAAAAGUGUGGGCCUAUUUGAAGCUUUCUAUAAUUCCUUAAAGCCAAUUCAGCUGCUAAGCUACACACUUGAGGUUGCUAAACCAGGUAAACUACCAGCAGGAAAGACAGAGAUUCCUUUUGAAGUCCCCUUGAAGGCCAAGGGAAACAAAACACUCUAUGAAACAUAUCAUGGAGUCUUUGUCAAUAUACAGUACCUUGUACGAGUUGAUAUGAAGAGGUCUCUCCUGAACAAGGACUUAUCAAAGCAAACAGAAUUCAUUGUGGAAUACAAGGAACAAAAGAGUGCAUCUUCAGCAGAUGCUGUGAAACCUGUCCCAUUUACAGUUACUCCUGAAACCCUACAGAAUGUAAAAGAGAAUUCCAAACAAAAUGUUCCCAAAUUUUGCGUGAAGGGAAAACUAAAUUCCUCGACAUGCUGUCUGACCAAGCCUUUUACAGGAGAGCUGGUGGUUGCUAGUAGUGAAGUAGCGAUUAAGUCUAUAGAGAUGCAGUUAGUCAGAGUGGAGACGUGUGGUUGUGCAGAGGGAUAUGCUAAAGAUGCCACAGAGAUUCAGAAUAUUCAAAUAGCUGAUGGUGAUGUGUGUCGUAACCUGACAAUCCCUAUCUACAUGGUGUUUCCCAGACUCUUCACAUGCCCUACACUCGCCACUAAUAACUUCAAAGUUGAGUUUGAAAUUAACAUAGUGAUAGUCUUCCAAGAUGACAACCUAGUAACUGAAAAUUUUCCAAUAAACCUCACAAGGUACUGAAACAUCAAAGCAAGACACUGGAACAACAACGAAGCAAGACUUUGGAACAACAACGAAGCAAGACAUUGGAACAACAAAGCAAGACACAAAUGACAAAGCAGGACUCUAGGACAACAAAGCAAGAGAGUAGAACAAUGAACUCAAUGUCAAUUCUUUAUGCCUUAUUGCCUUACUGGUGCUAUAUUGUGAUCAGUUUGCCAGGCUUAAUUUUAUCAAUACAUUUCAAGGUGAAGAAUUUGACAGAUUGAUUUCAAAUUUUCAGGGAUGUUUCUUUGAAGUGAAUAUUUU